CCGCGCUCCCCGCGGUGGGAGGGGCGCGGUCCCCGAGUGGACAUCUCUUCCACCCCCGCCGGCGGGUCUCCGGGGCCCCGGGGACUGCAGUGUCGCAUCGAGUUCCCCCAGAGCUCAGCGGGGCUGUGGGAGGUGCUCUCCAGUAACGGCUGUGCGGCCAGUCUCCAGGUCUUUGUUCAGACUUCUCUCUGCAUCCCAGAUCUUGCAUUCAACAGCUUCUCGGACAUCACUCCCAGGAUGUUCUCAAGACAUACAAGAAUUAAAUUCUGAGUAACUAUACAGGUAGAAUGGACAGUUACUUUAAAGCCGCUGUCUGUGACUUGGACAAACUCCUUGAUGAUUUUGAGCAGAACCCAGAUGAACAAGAUUAUCUCCAAGGGCCACAAAAUGCAUCUGAUUCUAACCAGUGUUCAGUUUCUUCAUUGCUACCCAAGGACCACCGAAGCAUUAGCUGGGUCUCAUCAGAAACAUGCUGCGAAGCAAGCCAGGGUUUUCUAAAUAAAAAAACAUGUGGGGCACUCACUUCCCUACAAAAUGAAAAACAUGUCAUGGGGCUAGAUCUCCUUUCCUGUGUGGAUGGGAGUACUUCCGAUGAAGCCCAGCCACUAUGUAUGAGAAGAUGUGGUAAACCUGUCUGUGACCUGAUAAGCGACAUGGGCAACCUCGUUCAUGAAACCAGCAGUGAAGAGGACAUUAAGAAAUUGCUGCCAGAUGACGUCACGUCUGGCGCAGGUCCUUUGAUUGGGUUGGAUUCAUCCUCACUUUCAGACACUGCCGGUGUUUCUCCGGUAGACCAUGGGAGUGCUCCUGUCACAGGAGAACAGAACAAUGUCACCUCCCAGCUAGAGAGUGGAGAACUAAGUGCAGUGGAGCUGGCUUCAGAAGCAGACGCAGCACCUUCAGGUUCUUGUGAUCGUGGCAGAGCAGUGAGCUUAGAGGACAAGAUGGUCUCUCAUGAGCGAGGAACAGUUGUCGGUCUGGACGCGUCUUCUCCUCUGACUCCCCGAAGUUCUGAAGUGUCUGAUGCCGGAGGCACCGCACAGCACAGGAGCCUUCCGUGUGAGCUGCCACAGGACGACGGCUGUCUGGAAAGAGAGAGGGCGGGCUUGGCGGUCGUAGAUGCCUCCGAACGCUUAAGGGAAGAAGAUAGUGGGAAUGCUUUGCCCUGCAGUCAUCCAGAAAAUGAAGGGAUGUGUCCGAGUGACUCAAAUCCAAAAGAUGGAAAUUCCACAGGACCAGACUUUUCCUCCCAGGAAAACAGAACUGCUGGGUUUAUGAAACCGUUAGUAGAAGAAGAUUCAAAAAACUUAGACCUUAAAGAUAAUAAUGAUAUAGCCCAGCCUUCCUCUUCAUCUCUGCCCGUGUCAAGUGAGGCUACACGGUCUUCAUUGUCUUGUCUUCCGCUGUCUGGCUCGUUGUGUGGCUCUUUAAUUGAUGGCAACGCACGAGGUGAUUGUUUACUUCCAAAUGAGCAGAAGGAAGAUGGGAUGACUGCGCCUGAGGAAAUGCAGAAAAGUGUGGCUCUAGACGGGGAGCACAAGGAAAAGUGUAAAACUAUACUUCUUCAGCCAGUAAACGAAAAGAGGGGGGAAGCCAAGGCUGAGCCUGAGCAGGAGCUAGUGAGGGCUGACUGUCUGGAGUGCCCUGAUGAAGCCAGUUCUGCAGCUGCUGCCCGUCACGUGGAGCCCUCUGCGGCUCGUGCCCUGGAGUCUCCCCGUCUUCCCUGUGCAGGCCUCGCUGUCCCGGGCAGUGACGCCGACGGGCCAGACUUCGACUACUUUAACAUCGACGACGGCUCGCGGACUGCCGCGCUCGUCAGCGAUGCUGAGCUCGACGCCUUUCUGACGGAGCAGCGCCUGCAGGCGACGCCCGCAGCACCUCUUGAAGACGGCGCAGGGCCCACGGGCUCUCGGGAGAGCCCGCCAGAUGCGAAAGGCUUAGAUGACGGGAAUGCCGGGGACACAUACUUCAACGCGGAGGCAGGAGCCAUUGGGGAGAGUGGUGGCUCUGUGACUUGUGAAACAGUUGAUAAAGAUAUGACAUUAGAAAACGGUGGCCACUGUACGGAGGAAAAAAGCACAAUUCCAGUUGAACAGAAGCCCUCUACCAGCAAGCCUGAGGUGACCAAAGAGUCCCCAGUCACCAGUAUCCACAGUCGGUCUGUUCAUGUUGGCGGGGCUAGACCUAAGCAACUGCUUGGCCUUCCAUCGAGAGCAAGGAGUUCAAAGGAACCGAAUAAACCAGAUGUUCCAAGUAAGCCAGGAAGUGAUUCCAACAUGGCAAAUGCCGUUGUGGCCACCACUUGUCCUGCAGAUUGUAGAGCUGAUCCUCAAGUUAGCUUCAACUCGAAUUACAUCGAUAUAGAAAGUAGUUUUGAAAAUGGAUCCAGUUUUGUAAAGGCAAAUGAGGCUCUGCCUGAAAGCACUCAUAAAGAAGUCUUGGCUCUGGGCCACAAACAGCCUACGUGGGUUCCAGACUCAGAAGCUCCAAACUGUAUGAACUGCCAAGUCAAAUUCACCUUUACAAAACGGCGACACCACUGCCGAGCAUGUGGGAAAGUGUUUUGUGGUGUCUGUUGUAAUAGGAAAUGUAAACUUCAGUACCUAGAAAAGGAGGCAAGAGUAUGUAUAAUCUGCUAUGAGACUGUUAAUAAAGCUCAGGCAUUCGAAAGGAUGAUGAGUCCCACUGGCUCUAGCGUUAAGCCUCAUCGCUCUCACGAGAGCGCCACCGUCCAGCCGCUUCAGGAGCCCCAAACGCCCAGUGUUACUUCACCUACAGCUCUACCAACCUCAGCACUUAAGCAACCAAACAUUGAAGGACUCUGCUCCAAAGAACAAAAGAGAGUAUGGUUUGCAGAUGGCAUAUUACCUAAUGGUGAAGUUGCAGACACAGCAAAAUUAUCAUCUGGAAGUAAAAGAUGUCCUGAAGACUUUAGUCCUGUUUUGCCUGAUGUUCCCAUGAUUGUAGCUACAGUGGAUAAUACCCACUCUACUACAGUGGAAAAACUAAACAGUGAAACAGGAGAUCCUGCAAGAAAUGAGAUAAUUCUGAGUUCUCACAUUUCGUCUGUGGAAAAACUGCCUGUAAACACAGGAAACGAGGGGCUACCUACUUACGGUUCUUUUAUACUAGAUGAUGAUGUUUUUGCAGAAACUGAAGAGUCGCCUAGUCCUACUGGUGUCCCAGUUAGCAGCAACUUACCUGUUGCUGGUAUUUCAGAUUACAGGUUAUUAUGUGGCAUCAGCAAGUGCGUCUGCAGUAAGAUUAGUCUGAUACCGGAGGAUGACAGCAACUUGCCUCCAGUACUCAUGGCAUCGGGAGAAGUGGGAUCAGCGCCUGUGGUGCAAGAACACCCAUCUCCUGAGCAGAUCACUUCGCUUCUUGAAGGGGAAGGAUUUCCUCCUGUCACAUUUGUUCUAAAUGCUAAUCUACUGGUGAACGUCAAAUUAGUAUCUUAUUCCUCAGAUAAAUAUUGGUACUUCUCAACCAAUGGAUUGCAUGGCUUGGGACAGGCAGAAAUUAUUAUUCUCUUGUUAUGUUUGCCAAAUGAGGACACAAUUCCCAAGGACAUCUUCAGACUAUUUAUCACGAUAUAUAAGGAUGCUUUAAAAGGAAAAUACAUAGAAAACUUGGACAGCAUCACCUUUACUGAAAGCUUUCUCAAUAGUAAGGAUCAUGGAGGAUUCCUGUUCAUUACACCAACCUUCCAGAAGCUUGAUGACCUCCCAUUACCAAGCAGCCCUUUUCUCUGUGGGCUUCUCAUCCAGAAGUUGGAGAUUCCUUGGGCAAAGGUUUUCCCUAUGCGUUUAAUGUUGAGAUUGGGUGCAGAAUAUAAAGUAUAUCCUGCUCCUCUAACAAGUAUCAGAAGCCGAAAACCUCUUUUUGGAGAAAUAGGACACACUAUUAUGAACUUACUUGUUGACCUUCGAAAUUACCAGUAUACCUUGCAUCAUAUAGAUCAGUUGUUGAUACAUAUGGAGAUGGGAAAAAGCUGUAUAAAAAUACCCCGGAAAGGAUACAGCGAUGUCAUGAAGGUACUGAGCUCCUCUAAUGAGCACGUCAUCAGCAUUGGCGCCAGCUUCAGCACAGAGGCUGACUCUCACCUGGUCUGUGUGCAGAAUGAAGGGCUUUACCAGACGCAGGCCAGCAGCGCCACUGGCCAGCCCAGGAAAGUGACAGGUGCAAGUUUUGUAGUAUUCAAUGGUGCUCUAAAAACAUCUUCUGGAUUUCUUGCAAAGUCUAGCAUAGUUGAAGAUGGCUUAAUGGUACAAAUAACUCCGGAGACCAUGGAUGGCUUGCGGCUCGCUUUACGAGAGCAGAAGGACUUUAAAAUUACAUGUGGGAAGGUGGACGCAGCAGGCCUGAGGGAGUAUGUGGAUGUCUGCUGGGUAGAUUCUGAAGACAAAAGAAACAAAGGUGUUGUUAGUUCAGUGGAUGGAAUAUCGUUGCAAGGAUUUCCAAGUGAGAAAAUAAAGCUGGAAGCAGAUUUUGAAACAGAUGAGAAAAUUGUAAAAUGUACUGAGGUGUUCUGCUUUCUGAAGGACCAGGACUUAUCUAUUUUAUCAUCGUGUUACCAGUUUGCAAAAGCAAUCGCCAUGGCUUGUAGUGCUGCACUGUGCCCUCACCUGGAAACUCUGAAGAAUAAUGGGAUGAAUAGGAUUGGACUCAGAGUUUCCAUUGACACUGAUAUGGUUGAAUUCCAGGCAGGAUGUGAAGGUCAGCUCCUCCCCCAGCAUUAUCUCAAUGAUCUCGACAGUGCUCUGAUACCUGUGAUCCACAAUGGAACCUCUAAUUCUAGUUUACCACUAGAAAUAGAAUUAGUGUUUUUCAUUUUAGAAAACCUUUUUUAGUGAAAGAAUGGAUGGUACUAUAUGUUGUAAACUGAUAUGUUAAAACUAAUUCCAGUGCUAAAACUGAAAUGCUGCAAACACUAAAUAUUUGAUGAUUGAAACUUGCAAUCUUGCUUUAUUGACAGGAAUGAUCUUUUAAAAUCAUUAGCACAACAUUUAAAUGUCAAAAUACUUAAGGAAUUCACCAUUUUUGAAGCUUUACAUUUAUAUAAGUACUAAAAAGACAAAGAUUUCUUCUAACUUAAGUUUUAUAAUACUGUGUUAUUUAAAUGUUAAGCCAAAGUAUCUGCACUUAGUUAUACCUCUGUGUGCCAAGAAUGGUUUUCAUGAAGGUUCUCUUCAGAUGUAAUCUUAUGAAGGACACCGGUUUCUAAAGUCUGUUUGAAAACACAUUUCAGUGGCGCAGAUCAUUUGAGAUGCUAGACUUAUAAUUUUUGAAUACAUCUGAUAAUUUAUGUGCAUAAAUGGAAUGGAGGCUUACCUCCAUGAUUAGAUAAAGGCUGCUUGAUUAAAGUUAGAAUUUUGCCUCUUCUCAAAUUAUUAUAUAUAAAAAUAUAUAAUUUUUCUUGAUUAAAUGAGCAUUCUUAAAAUAAUUGUGGGUGCUUCAGGAUUUUGUGCUUCUAUAUUUAAGUAUAAUGUUUUUAUGGCAACAUUUGAUUUGGAAUGUGUUUUAUACAUCUAUAAUAAUUUAUAAAUAGGUAAUAUUUUUGUAUCACAGUACAUUAUCUUUACUCCUUCCUUACAAAGCAUACCACUGUAUUUAACACUUCUAAGACUGAUUAAUGAUAGGUCAGAUGACCCUUGAAAAGUAGUCAUUAUAUAGCAAUAAAUGACUCCUGAAAUGAUUUUUUUUUACUACCAUGUUAAUCCUUAGAAAUUUCUUGACAACUCUACAUAUUUUCAUUGACACCAGUGUAUUAAGUAUACAUUUUAAUGGACUAGUUACUUUUGCAUAUUUUAAAU